GAUUAGUAAAGAAGACUGAAUGCAAUUGGAUCAAAAUGUGAAGAAACAUCUGGAAAUUUUCUGUGAGGAGAUCCACCCCUCUCAGAUUAAAGGUAAAGGGAAGUCUAAAGAAGGCUACUCAAUUUUUUCCAAUUUUAAUAAUACUGUCACUCUCGGAGGGAGAAAGAUGAUUACUGAUUGGUUCUGAACUCCUCUCAAGAACCCAAUGCUCAUCAAAAGAAGGCUGUCUAUUGUAAACUGCACCAAAGAAGCCUUAGAGCAGGAUCAGACAUUGAAAUAACUCUGUUAAAUCUUGCCUCAGCCACAUCAUUUGCUAUAAGAAGUUCUUCAAAGAUCUUGAGAGAAAGAGCACAAUUCAGCAAAGCAGUAUUGUCCGUCUCUACAAAUCUUUGAACGAGUGAAAAAUUUUACUAAAAAUCCUUGACAAGGAUUUUAAAGAAGAGCAUGAUUUUCAAGCGGAAUUUCAGAAUCUUUUCAAAGAGCAAACUAAUGAAGCUAUUGACUACUUGAUUUACACCAUUGAAGACAUUUUUGACUCAGAAGUUUUACUGAAAUAUAACCAGGCUCAGUGCAAGAAGGAGAAUAUCAAUCUCAUACAGAAAGGAAUAAGCAAAGAGCUUGACUACAAGAGGCAUCAGCUGGUUGCUCUGGAUGAUCUUCUCGAGGACGUUAAUAAGUCCAUUCAGACGAAGCUUGCUUUUGAGCCAAAAUAAGGUUUUCAGACAUUUCUCAACCUAUAGUACAACUCUGAUUCCUCAAUAUGGGUAUCAUGUAGAAGUAAAGCUAAAGGAUGGAUCCAAAUUUGAGCAAGAAGUUGUCCAGAGUGAAGAAUAUGAGGACUUACUAGAGCAGCUCAAAGAUAACGGCUGGACUCUCUGCUUCCAGAAAUAAAGAUGCCAAUAAGAUUUAUUUCAAGACUUUCCAGACAGAUGUGCUCAAUAGUGAAAUGGGAGAUAUUAUUAGUGAGAUAAACGUAAUUGAGAAUGAAAUUUAUUUUGAAAUCCAGACAUUGCUAACUGAAAAAUAUAAAGAUAAGCUUACUGAUAUCUCCAAUGAUCUUGACAAGCUCGAUGCAUUUUUUAGUCUAGCAAUAGCAGCUAUAAAUCAUAGACUACAAUGUCCAGUGAUAAAAUAUGAUUCAAAGCCUUAUCUUAGCUUCCAUAUGGGAGGAUUUGAGAUUCUCAAUGAUUUUAACACCUCAGAAAGUAGGGAAUAUCAGCUUGAUCUACUCAGAUGUGUGUGAAUCCGAGGACUUAAAGGAUCUGGAAAGACUUCAUACCUUAAGCUAAUUGGAAUCAUAGUAUAUCUUGCCCAGAUAGGAAGUUUUGUCCCAGCUCAAAAAUGAGUUUUAUCUGUAUUUGAUAAAAUUCUGACAAAGUUCUCAACCCCAGAAUCUUUGAUAGAAAAAUAGAAGUUUCUUCCAAAUGGAAGUGGAGUCCUUAUCGUCUAUUUUGGAGAAUACGACCACCAGGUCUCUAGUCUUAAUCGAAGAGUUUGGCAAAGGAACUCACUAUAUGGAUGGAAUAAGCUUGUUUAACGGCAUUUGGAUGUCUUUCUUGAAGCAAUCAAGCAAAGCUGAAGGAUCGUCUCCCUUACUUUGAAUUACUUGUGGCCAACCAGAGCUUUUUGAGCAAGGCAUUAUUAAGCAAAAUGACACUGAAGAAUCAAAGAACUCGAAGAUAUUAGAGAUGAUUUCAAAGUCAACCUCCUCUAUUGAGAAUCCUCUUGAUUACAAGAGAGAAGAAUUGGACCAACCUGAACAAAAUUUUGUUCAUUUAUAUAAAGUUGCUGAUAUGGGGGAUCCAGAACUAUCACCUAAGACAGGAAUUACAGCUUCAUUGCUAUCAUCCUUCAGGUCAUUCCACAUGUCUCAAACAGACUAUGAAGAUAAGCUGAGGGCUGGCUACGCUCAUGAGCUAAAUUGAUUAAGAUCCCUUCUUAAAUCUCCAGCUUCAGUACGUGAUAUAUUUAACUUGAAAAUGGGACUUCAGCGUCGAAAUUAAUUU